UUCUUUGAUUCAAUGAAUGUUCAAAUUCAUGCUAUAGGGAACAUAAUACACCCCAAAACUCGAAUCAACUAGCAGCAGAUCAAAAGGCUAUAACGUGACCAAAAUAUUCGUUUAGUAGCUACUUAGGACCGAGGUGGAUUUGAAGUUGCAAUUCUUAGAUUGAACCUCGAUAUAGCUCGAUAUAGCUGGACACGGCUACGCCUUCGAUGUCACACUCAGACGACCAAUGUCUCUUCUGCAUGAUAGUGAAAGGAACGAUUCCCUGCUUCAAAGUCUAUGAAACAGAACACAGUCUGGCGUUCUUGGAUAUCAGUCCGGUGUCUGAAGGCCAUACCCAGGUGAUACCAAAAUAUCAUGCUGUGACUAUUGCAGACCUCCCCGAUGAGUACUUGGCAGAUAUCGGGCCAGUGGUCAAGAAGGUCGCUUUGGCUACUGGAGCUUCAGCUUACAAUGUUCUCCAGAAUAACGGGAAAAUAGCAUUCCAGCACGUUGAUCACGUACAUUACCAUGUUAUUCCGAAGACGAGUGAGAAGGAUGGUCUUAUCUUGAAUGUUGAUGUUAGUUGGCCGCAGAGGAAGGCUGAGAAGGAGGAGCUGGCGGCUACGCUAGAGAAGAUGAAGGCUAGGAUUUAGUGUUACUGUAAGACCAGUGCAAGAACUUGUAAAUUGACCCUGGAUAAUACUAUCUUCUCGGAGCGGUUCUAUGUCCCAAAUAGUUAAAACCUCUUGACACUUUGAGUCGAGGUUAUAGAAGUGUUAUAGAACGGUUCUG